AUGGGCUCAACUUCUCUCGAACUCCUCUGCUCUAAAUUCUCGCCAAAUCUUCAGACCCUACAAAAGAUUAACAAAAACCACCUCACAGUUUAUUCACACAGGCCUUGCCGAACGGCAAGGCCCAUGGAGAAGAAUGAAGGGCCACGAAACAUUAAAGGCAUAUUACCUGUCCUCUUGAUGAACAACAACACCAAAGGCGAGCUUGGGGACACCUUAGCCGACGCCGUAUGCACUCACGGUUCUCUCCCGAUGAUCUCUAACGCCACAGCAGAGGACUCCAAAUUCCCUAACGCCAAAAGCUAUGCAGACCUGAAAAGAGACUCCGAAAACCAGCAACUCUGGACCCUCACCAAAGGCCCAAAAGCCCAGCCCCUUGAGGCUCACGACAAAUACACAGCUCAAUAA